AUGUCUACGGGUCUAGAUUCAAGCGCCGUCUGGCUCAUCACUGGGUGUUCAUCCGGCCUCGGCAAAGCCUUUGCCCAAGCAGUCUACAACCAAGGCCACAACGUCGUCGCAACAGCCCGCAACACAAGCUCCCUCUCCUACCUGCCCGACGACUCUCCGCGAGUUCUUAAACUCAAGGUCGACGUCACCUCCAAAGAAUCCAUCGUCAAUGCCGUCAGUGCAAGCGUCGAGAAGUAUGGUCGUCUCGACGUCGUCAUCAACAAUGCCGGGUAUGCGCAGAUGGGUGACUCUGAGGGCAUACCCGAAGAAGAUGCACGAACAGAAGUUGAAACUCUGUUCUGGGGGCCUGUAUUCUUGAUGCAGGAAGCAGUGCGAGUGUUUCGAGAGGUCAAUAACCCUCGGCACAACGUCGGUGGCACUAUUGUGAAUAUCACUUCGAUGGGCGGAACGAUUACAAUUGCUGGUAACUCUUUCUAUCACGCUGGAAAAUUCGCCUUGGAAGGCUUCACAAAAGCCAUGGCACAAGAAAUGAAGCCAGAAUGGAACAUCCGGCUUCUCCUCGUUGCCCCCGGAGGCAUCCGCACAAACUUCGCGGGCAGUGAAACUGCCAGCCUCAAAGUUGCGCCGCGGCAUCCAGCGUACAACACUGGUUCAGAUCCCCUGAGCCAGGUGUUGGGUUACAUCAACAGUGCAGGCGGAGUAGAGACGUGGAGUGAUGCCGAUCUCUGUGCUGGUCUACUCGUUGACAUGCUCGUUGCAGCGGGCGGUAAAGAGCGGAAAUACAAUGGGAAGGAACUGCCUCGGAAGGUGUUAAUUGGGAGUGAUGCGGUGCAGUAUGUGAAGCUGGAUUUAGAGGCGCAGUUGAAAGAGAUUGAGGACUGGAAGAGCGAAAGUGAGAGUGUUACGAUGAAGGGUGGUGCCAAUUUAGACUUUAUGAAAAGUGCAUAA